AGAUGGCUAUACCCCCUCCCCCGGGUCCGCCACCACCACCAGGUCCUCCUCCACCACCAACAAUGGGUGGUUUAAAAUUGGGCGGAGGUGCUGCCGGCGGUGCUGAUCCCCGUUCUGCACUAUUACAAUCCAUACAAAAGGGUACAAAAUUAAAGAAAACCACAACGGUGGACAAAAGUGUUCCUGCCUUGGCGGGUAAAAUAUGUGAUGGUGGUUCACCUAAACGUCAAACUACUGUGGGAUCUAAUAAUAUUAGCAAUAACAAUAAUAAUAUAGGCAAUGGAGCCCCUAAAUUGGGUGGUCUAUUUGAGGGUUUAACCUCAAUGCCGAAAUUGAAACCGGUCAAUGGUAGCAGAACACCCGCAUCGAGUGUGGCAUCGUCUGUUAAUAAUCGCAGUAAUAGUCCUCCAUCAUCUAAUAACACCUCAGCUACAGCCUCAUCUAAUAAUGGUCCUUUGGAUUUUAAUGCUGAACUAACGAAACACUUAACUUUGAAACGUCAAAAACAACAGCAGUUACAACAGCCAACAACAACAGCUCCACCGCCACCACCUCCUCAAACACAUAUCAAUGCUACAGAAGCUAACUUGAAAACAAAUAGAGGACCACCGCCACAACCACCAUCACAACCUCCUAAAAAUUUAUCAACGAGUACUUCCGAUUCUCUUCUAGAAAAAAAUAAAACCAAUGGAUCUUCAACAAAUGUACGUUCAUUUAUAUUUUCCAAUAAUGAAGCUUCUUCAACAAAACAAUCACCACCACCGCCACCACCAACAAUAUCCGAUAAAUUUAUGGAUAAAAUCAAUACGGGCGGUAGUGUUCGAAGCAAAGCGGCCAAUUUGAAGUAAGUACAUUUCAACUUGAAU